CCAGCUCAUAGCUACCGUAGCCUGGAAUGCUCACCACACGCUUGCACGCCGAAGGUACAAGUUUUGCGUAGGGUUGAAUGACAGAGACGGAACAAAUAUCUCCUGCUGGCUCUUCUGGCCAUCGUUCAUCCACAGGUAGUCAUUCGAAGGACUCGGCACCCCGUCAUAAUCAAAUCCGGUUCUCAAGGGAGGAAGAGGAUCUUUUUUCCCUGUUCGACUCUCCAAACAAGCAUUCACACACCAAAUUCAGUUCUAUGCGACAUCAUUCUCCUCUUGCGCCUCCAACAAAACCACUGGGUGAUGUACGACAGCGAGGACAUUCGAUGGAGAUCGGAAACCCGUCUUCAGGCACCUCACGAGUGAAGAGAGCUACGGCCACACAGAGGAAUGGAUUUUCUGCCUUUGACAGGGCACCUAGUUUGGAUUCUAAUCACUUAGCUAUAAACGCCUUUUCGGACGAGUAUGAUUUAUACCCGCUGAUCUUACAGGAUGUUCAGCGAGCGGUAAAACUCAAAGCCCGGCGAGAUGCUCGUAUGAAAGAAAGUCCUGGGAGAGAGCCGCCACAUCCUACAAAGACUCCGUCCGGGUCAUCAUGGUCUAGCUCCUCGACACGCCCGUUUCCGGUCUCUCCGUCGUCUCAUCGUCCCCAUUUUGCUGGUGCCACCUACGCCUCUGAGAUCGACUUCAGUCCUUCGACAGGCAGUACGCGCGUCAGUGUCGAGCUACACCCCAUACCAGCUUCCGCUGAUAAUGGCUCAACACUAGACUGGAGUGGAUCCAAUCAGGGCGAAGACAGGGUGGAGAGACGAUGGACCCUUUCUAUGAGCAAACGCAAAGGGAAGGAGAAGGAACCACCCAUCUCUGUAAACGCUUUGGAAGCUCAAGAAAGUCAAUAUGCUGUUAAACUUUCACGAAUAAAAACCGUCGCUUCCCCUCAGACAAAACGCAAACGAGACAUAACCGCCAAUCAGCUCCAGAGACAAUACGGCCUGAUAUACAAUUCCAUCGCUUCGGAUUCACCUUCCUGUCCCUUUGACAUCCUAAAAGUUGGCCGCUGGUGGGAAAACGUUAGUGUUAUGACACGCACCAUCAUAGAACAAUCGGAGCCUUUUACCUGGCUUAGGCAUCUGGACGCUCGUAAAAUGCCGGCUCAGCAGCUUCACAUGCCCUGGCAUCUCACUGCUCUGAUAAUGGAAGAGUAUCUCUCAGCUGCUUCCGCCGCCAAUCAUAUGUCGACUCAAGUGCCCCCAUUCCCAUCUACCAUUCAAGCGCCAAACUUUUCGAUAUCUACCAUUCCCGAAAACCCAGCAACAAUUUCUCCGUAUUCAUCGUCUCCCCCUGACCUAAGUGAUACAGCGCUACCACUUUCUUCCCGCGCAUCUUCACACUAUUCGUUAGGACCUUCUUUGACGAGAAUCAAGUCCGCCGACGGUAGAGUCUCCUUUGAGCCUCUCAUGGAACCCGUUCAUGAUUCUCUGGAAGUCGCUUCUCGAAGGAGUGGAGAUUCGGCACUCAGUAGUCAACAUGGACACACGGGUUCUAUAGGCGCUAUGACCCCAAGCUCAGGCCCUUUCCAUUUGCGACCGCGUACAUUCAACAAUCUCUCUCUCAAUGAUAGCGAUGACGGAUCCUCUGCUCGCAACUCUCUCUCUGGACAAUCGGACGACAAUAUGAAGAAGACUGUUAUACUUUCUCCGAAAUUUGACCAGCCGCUGCGGGAGGCGUACACCAAAGAGCUAGGAUUACCUUCGUCGUCUUCACCAAAUCCAGCAAAUACGAAAACUAUGUCCCUAGAUGGUGCUUCUAGCAUGCUGCAAAAGAUUAGAACACCACAGAUGCACUCUCGUCGCUCUUCUACCACUAAUAUUACCCGCACUGGUCCUAAGGCAAGAGGCUCGUUAGCAUCACCGCUUCCCGAAGAUUCAGAUACGGACGGAAACAAGAGGCGUCACCAAGACAUAAAUGACGCCCAAUUAGCUCAGGAGUACAAGAUGAAGUCUCAACUCCUGGAAGAGAGUAUAGCGCAGAACUUGCGUAUAAGACAGCUAUUGAAUCGUGUCGCAAUUGGGGUCAAAGAAUACGACGUGACUCAAACUAGCCUUAUGACGCUGUUGGGCACACCUUAUAAGGGCCUGCCUCCGGAAUUGUUAGACACGUUCGGUCAUGACCCUUCAGCGGUCACUACGAAAACGGGUCGUUUUCGAGGGUGGCGAGCAGUUGAUGACAUUCACAAUCGCAUCUUACGCCAGCGUGAAAUCUUCGAGGACUUUCUGGCCCAUAACAGGGAUGACAUAGGUUCUGUUGUUGAAGAGGAUGUUUUGGAGAAUCCUAUAUGCGUUCUAAGGCAGUCCUUGAAUACCUUGGCGGUCAAUAAGGCUGCCGUGGCAGAACUGUUGAAAACAGUGCAGGAAACCCAUCAGAAAGUCAAAGUCGAUUAUAAAGACAACCCUAGUGUUGACGCGCUUUACUACAAAGACCAGUACCAGUAUUUCUGGGAAAUUGGCAUGGACGCCCUGACGUUCUUGCUUGACACGGUCACUCCGUUUUGGAGGACGUACGGAAAGACCAUCGGAGAUGAUUUCAGAGAUUUCCUAAUUGUCCCCCUCUACCGGAAUGAAUUCACCGGAGAGUCCAAACGAUAUCCACUUACCCACGUUCCUGUUCGAUCCUUUCGGCAUUGGAUAGGAUUAGUCGUCUUCUUUUAUUUAUCUAUCGCUGUCACUAUCCUUCAGACUCGCACCGCCUUGACUUCGUCCUUUCACUGGGGUCUUCAAUGGAUAACAUAUGGCGGCGUUCGAUGGAUUGUCAUCCCCUUCUUUUGGGUAGGCAUUGUCAUCCAAUGGUGUGCCGUCUUGUUGGAGCUGCUACUUGUAUUGACGCAGGUGGGAUCGUUAGUAUGGUGGCUAGGGUGGUCUGUAAAGAUUUUCAAUUAAUUGAUACACGUAACACUGGGGUUUUCGCAUUGCUUUGCAUAAUUUAUCAGUAUGAGGAAUAUACAAUUAUUAUACAGUAGUUAAUAGAUAUGUGCUAGUUUGUCGACUCUUGAGGCUCAUGAUGCAUCGGUGUGCUGGUAGUAUUAGAAGACGUGACGCUGUUUGUUCCAAGCUGGGAGGCCCUGUAUGUAGACGAACUCGGUGGCACAAAAGGUUGGAGGGGAUGUAUUGAAUGUUGAUAAUGGCAGUAGGAUAAUAUGAGCGGGGACGGUGCUGGAUACCGCGCCGAGGGAAUCUCAAGAUUAGCCUUCCCUCCAUCAACGCAAGGUCGACAGAAUCCUGACAAAAAGAAAGAAAUGAGAACCGCAAGAGAAGGAGUGAAGAAACGCGCUUACUUCCACCGAGAAUGAGGGGAAC